CUGAUACAUGUAAGAUAGGGGUACUCUGAGUACGCCCUGAGACAACCAACACAUACCCAUCCAUAGAUUUUGCCGACAAGCAAACCCGUUUGCUGUCCUCCCUCCGCUCUGUCAAAUGUCCACUCUCUGCCUCUCCCCUGCUUCGGUCUCUCUCUGUCUGUCCCUCUCCCACGUCUAGUUAACUCUCUCUCUUACCCACCCAUCUAUCUCUGUUGGUAUUCGUAUUGUUUGUCAUGUUGAGCGGCAUUUCUUCACACAGAAGGACAAUCGCGGGGAGGGAGAAGGUAUCAGCCACUCAGCGCGCUCCCACCGGUAUUCGUAUUGUCUGUCAUGAUGAGAUGAGUGAAUUGGCUGCUGGCCUGCUGAGAGGAUACUCGGUCUGGUGACAGACUCUUCCGCGAAUGCUGAGUUCUGCGCAGAGGGUGCUUCAGCGGCGCAUUGCUUGCAAGGCGAGGAGGAACCGCGCUGGAGAGUGAUCGAUCACAGUUUCUGAGAAAGAAUGAUGCUGUACGUGGGGAGGCACACACAUUGCUUCGCCACCUCUGUCAGGUUCUAGUUCCCUGACAGUUCCCUGUCAUUCCCCUCACAUUCCCCUCACAUUUUUCUCACAUUCCCCUCACAUUUCCCUCACAUUUUCCUCGCAUUCCCCUCACAUUUCCCUGAAACAGUUUCCUGAGAGUUCUCCUCAGAGUUUCCCAACCGGAUGGUUCCCUGAUAGUUUCCUGACAAUGAUUCCCUGACAGUUCCCUGUCAUGUCCUCCACAUUUCCCUCACGUUUCUCUCACAUUUCCCUCACAUUUCCCUAAAACUGUUUCGUGACAGCUCCCCUCACAGUUCCCUAACCUGACAGUUCCUCUGAAAGUUCUCUGACAGUUCCUCUCACAGUUCUCGGACAGGUGCCUGACAGUUUGCUGACAGUUUCCUGAUGAUGGUUCCCUGACAGUUCGCUGUUCCCUGUCAGUUCCCUGACAGUUCACUGAAAGUAUAGUUCCUGGACAGUACACGGCAGGUCGCACUUACAGUUAGCAGAGUGACAAUUCUGUUUGUGCAGUUUCAUACCUGGUACCGGGGAGUGACAGAAUUCCCUGAUUAUUCCCUGACAGUUCGCCGACAGUACUCUGCGCUUUCAUAACAGUUCACUGACUUUUAUCCAAAAGUUCAGUUACAGACCAGGAGAGAGAGAGAGAGAGAGAGAGAGAGGAGAUGGAGAUGUCUGCAGCCGGGUUGGCGACGAACGGGGGUGUAGAGUCCCGAGGCAGGCGUCGGGCUGGGCUUCUGAAGCAUCAACUUCAGCUGUUGAAGAGGAAGGAUGGAGAUCAAUCAAGAUAUGAAAUUGCGCCCAUAUCAGAACCAUUGUCAUUCGAAAAGGGUUUUUUCCUCUUCAUCCGAGCUUUGCAACUGCUGACUCAGCAUAAUGAUGGCUUGCUGGUCGUCGGAUUAGCUGGUCCUUCUGGGGCGGGCAAAACAGUCUUCAGCGAAAAAGUCAGCGAUUUCCUCCAGGGGAUUGCCAUCAUAUCCAUGGACAAUUACAACGACUCCAGCCGAGUGAUCGACGGCAAUUUCGACGAUCCACGAUUGAUCGAUUUUGACACUUUGCUGGAGAAUGUGAAUACUCUCAAAGCUGGGCAAGCUGUAGAGAUUCCAAUCUAUGACUUUCGUCAAAGUCGUCGUGUUGGCUAUAGGAAAGUGGAGGUGCCGCCGUCACGUGUGUUGGUUGUGGAAGGAAUCUAUGCUCUCAAUGAGAAGCUGAGACCUCUGCUGGACUUACGUGUGUCGAUAACGGGAGGGGUUCAUUUUGAUUUAGUCAAACGAGUGCUGCGGGACAUUGAUCGCUCCGGUCAGGAGCCGGAAGACAUCAUACAUCAGAUAUCAGAGACUGUCUAUCCAAUGUACAAAGCUUUCAUCGAGCCAGAUCUGGAAACCGCCCACAUUAAGAUUGUGAAUAAAUUCAACCCUUUCACAGGCUUUCAGAAUGCAUCAUACAUCCUCAAGUCUCCGAAGGUGAUAUCGGAAGACCAGAUCAGAGCACAGUUGUCUCCAAAUCAUAAGGAGUUUACUGAACAGACGUAUGACAUUUAUCUCUUGCCCCCUGGUGAAGACCCUGAAACGUGUCAGUCCUACCUGAGGAUGCGCAAUCGAGAUGGACGAUAUAGCCUAAUGUUUGAGGAAUGGGUUACGGAUGGGCCAUUUAUCAUAUCUCCCCGCAUUACAUUUGAAGUGAGUGUUCGUAUUCUGGGAGGACUGAUGGCGUUGGGAUACGAAAUGGGGACAAUCUUGAAGAGGAGCAGCCAUGUGUUUCAUGACGAUCAUGUCACGAUUAAGUUGGACACGUUUGAGCAGUUGCGACGGUGCUAUAUCCAGAUUCAAGGCAAGGACCGGCAACAGGUGGACGAAAUAGGAAGACAGCUGGGAUUGGAAGGGACAUAUGUGCCACGGUCGUACAUCGAACAAGUGCAGCUGGAGAAACUUACUGCUGAGUUCCAGUCUCUUCCUGAGGAGUUGAAGAACCGGUUGAUAAUUGACGAUGGGCCUGCAAGUCCGCUCGCUCAACGCUGGACUUUACGACAUCCAAACAAAUCACUUACUCUUCCACAGAAAGGCGAGACAUCACCCGGGGGGCGCAAGGAGGGCAGUGGUUCCUUGCUAUCCUUGGGUGCAAACCAGCAGUCGAUGCGGGAGAGAGGUCAGAGCGAGGAAGGUGUGUGGAAUGUCGACGGAAGAAAUUCAAGGAGGGACCGAAUAGGUAGCCUUGACACGUCAUUGGCCCGCGAGCGGGAGCGUGUCAUUUCGCUGGAUAACCCGUCAUCCUCCAGUGGACUUCUUGCCUGCCCUGAGGGACAAGCAACGGUAUUGGAACAGCUGAGUGCCAUUGCAGAAAAAAUGGAUGAGAUGAUGGUUAGGAUGAGCCUCUUAGAGAACAGAAUACCGCAGCUGUGCAACGGGGCGACCUCGGGGACGUAUGUAAGAGUGCCAAGUGGCGGCUCAGACGGAGGCCGGCGGGGAGAUACAGGCAAUGGAUGUGCCGCCACGAACAAGAGACCAGGUGUGGGUGUAGGCAAUGUGCAAAAGAAUAACAGCUUCAGCUUUAAAGCAGGAUCGCCAACAGAAGUAAUUUCUCGCACAGAGCUUGUGGGAGACCCCCCUGAGGUACAGGGAAAGCAGUUCGUUCAAUAUGCGGUUGAGGCUGUCGGCGAGGAGAUGAAGAGGAUAAAUCACGGGCAGCUCCAUAUGUCACGACAACUAACAAUUCUCGGCGACAUGUUGGGCUCAGUGAAUGCUUGGAACAAGAAGGAAAUGAGAGAGAGGGAUUGUGAAGGGAUGUUUGGUGUUGAUGGGCGGGUGUUGAAGAGAAUCCGAGUCGCUGCCAGUUUAUGUGGACUCGCCGGGCUAGUUGCGCUCUCUUCUUACGUCAUCAAGGCGCGAUCAAACUCGUCAUCAUCAUAGCCAUCGUCAUGAGGAGGUUAAUUGCUCUCUCUUCCUCUCUUCUUACAUAUCAUCAAGGUGCAUUCACACUGAUGAUCAUCAUCGUUCGAAUCGAUGAUGCCUUGACGGUGAUGAAUCAGGAGGAUUGAUUGUGAUGAUGACACCGUGAAUGGUGUUUAGAGGAAGAGAGAGAGGCGAAUGUUAAGAGAAAUUCAGCUUUUUUUUUAGGAAAUUUUCUUGUCGUCAACGACGUCAAGUGUUCCCAUGUUUUUUUUCUUUUUUUGAAGCUUUUGCUAUACGUGUUCUUGCACAUUGUGUUCUUUCAACUCAUUGUGUAAAUCCAGUCUUUGUAGGGACAGUUUUUUUUUGUUUUUUUUUUUCCCGAGAAAGUGACGCAUUCAUAUCUCUAGCAGUUUUCAACAUUUUGCGUUUCGCUUUUGAUAU